UUGUGUGAUUAAGUAGUAGCCUAUGGAAUUAAUGAUACAUAGAUAGUUAGAAGAGUUUAGUUUUUGCGCUGGAUUACUACAAAUUGUAACACGAAAUACCAUAGAACCAUUCUGCAUGCCAGUCCAACAACCCACAGAGCAGGACCAUCAUGACUUCCAGCCCAGAGACUUUGUAUACAUUAAAGUGCUUCCCAAAACAAGUCACUUGGCCCAAAUGAAAAUUUUGCCUACAACUGCUAUUGCCAUUCAUCGUGAUAGCCUCCCCACCUGGAUCCUUGUGUCGCAUGUCAAGAAGAGCCUUCUUUGUAAGGGUUACAGCUUAGAUACCAUUGAAGAAAAAACAUAUACCAACUGGACAACCACAACUGGAGACACGGCUUUAAUAAAAAUUAUUAUUUGCAUAGAUAACAUUGAAGUCAGACCCCAUGAACCAACAAAACCUGAAAAAAAAAAAAAAACAGAGACUUUAUUGCUUCUAAAAGAAACAGCCAGUUACGUUUUGCCAUCCAAACCAAAUCCGGAAUCAACUGCAAAUUAUUUGCCAUCCAGCUUUAUUGCACAUGCACUAUCCAGAUCACAUCCAGAACCGAAUGCAAUUAAGUUAUCCCGUUUACAUGAUCAGAAAGCUAAAUCCCGGAUUCCGCUACCUCAUCCUGGUCUAGUUCAACUUCUAGUGGUUACUGUUCAACACUGGCAGCAUUUUCUUCUUGCUUCUAAUUCUAACAUCACAGAUUCGUUCUGCCUUUUGGACACCGAUUUAGACAUUGCUUUUCUAGAGAGCGUUCCUUUUCAAAAACAUCUGCGAUUAAGACCCUUGGUCAAAGACUAGUUGAUCGAUUUCAUAGAAAUUAAGGACAAACAACUGAAGUUCCUUGUUUGUAAUUUCUUUAAAACUCUCUCCAGCCCCAACAUGAUCAUUUUCCUAUGGAUCCAACAUCACAAGUUACUGUGAUUUUCAUCAUCCUUUUAUUUCACUUGCUUUUCCCAUUCAGAAUCAUAAAUGUGUCAUCCUCUGCGACUAUGGGAACUACAACAGAUCCUGACGCAAAAAAAGGUGGAUGAAGAAUCUGCUGUGAAGAUUUGUUGUGCCUGGCUUAUUUCUUCUUUCUCCAUUUACAGUGACCUAUAUUUCUACAGAAGUUCCAGUGAAAACAAAAGAGAUACAUUAUACUUUCAAGAAUGUCUAUGAACGGUGUUGGACCUGUUACAGAAGAUACCACAGCAUUCUCUGUGACUGAAAGCCCUGAAAGGUCAGUUGGCGAACUGAAUUCAGACAGUUUUGAGGAGAUAUUCCCACCACCUCUAAGGAAGUCUACUCCUGCAGUUCAUAAGGGAAGUAAGGUCCUUAAAGAUGAACAUGCUGAUGAGGAUCCUUCUGUUCUCCUUCGUAAGAAGGUGAAUUACAUUGUCCAUGAUGAUACAGAAAUAAGCCUUGUCCAUGUAAAUAUUGUUCCUGAUCAGUCAGUGAAAUCAGAUGAGUCUACUAAGAAGAAGCUUGAGUUAACUUCUGGUGAUGCAGUUCCUUUACUGCAACAGAAAGCAGGUUCCCAGAAUCUAAGCCAGCACAACAGUUCUGAAUCUGCAGGCAACUGUACCACUGAAGAAGUGUUUCCAAAUGAAUCUUUCUCCACACAAAAUGAAAAACUGGAACUGACUGAGAAUGAACCCAGAAAUAGUAAAGAGUUACUCUCAUCGCUUGUGGACAGCAAAAACGUUCAGAAAGACUCGACAUGGCAAGAAGAAGAAGCAGAAAGUGCAAACUCAGUUGCAAGUACAGAAUCUAAGACUUCAGCUUUAGAAAGUGGAAUGAAUCAAAGUUCUUCCGAAGAGGCUUUUUUGCCUCGGUUGGCCCCAGCAGACAAGUUAUGGACGACUCAUUCUGAUGGUGCUGUGAAACUACGAAUGGAAGAGUCUGGUCUGGCUGCAAUCCCACCCUUGACUGUUCAUCAAGUGUUUCUUCAGACUGUACAGAAGUGGGGUGACAGACUUGCUCUGGGUGUAAAACAGAAUGGCCAGUGGCAGACCAUUAGUUACCGAGAGUAUUACCAGGACUGCCGUAAGGCUGCCAAAAGUUUUUUGAAGCUUGGCUUGGAACGUUACCAUGGUGUUGGCAUUCUAGGAUUCAACUCUCCUGAAUGGUUCAUUUCAGAUGUUGGAGCUAUCUUUGCAGGUGGAUUUGCUGUUGGAAUCUAUACAACAAAUUCCCCAGAAGCCUGCGAAUAUGUAGCCCAAAACUGUGCAGCAAAUAUAAUUGUGGUGGAGAACCACAAACAGUUGAUAAAAAUCCAGCAGAUUCAGAAUCGGUUGCCACAUCUUAAAGCCAUUGUUCAGUACAAGGAUGAGCUGACAGAGAAAGUUCCAAAUCUUUAUUCUUGGAAAGAGUUCAUGGAGCUAGGAGAAGACAUUCCAGAUACCCAGCUUGACAAUAUCAUUGAUUCUCAGAAGGCAAAUCAGUGCUGCACACUUAUCUACACGUCCGGGACUACAGGUCAACCCAAGGGUGUGAUGCUGAGCCAUGACAAUCUGACUUGGAUUUCUUAUGCAGCUGGUGAAGUGCUUUCUGUGACCAGAGAUGAAGUAGUAGUGAGUUACCUCCCCCUCAGUCAUAUUGCUGCCCAGGUUGAAGAUAUCUGGAUUCCUAUCAAGUAUGGUGCGACCACUUACUUUGCAGAUCCAGAUGCUUUAAAGGGAUCAUUGGUAACUACAAUGAAGGAGGUGCAACCUACUGGGUUUUUGGGAGUUCCUCGAGUUUGGGAGAAGAUGCAAGAGAAGAUGAAAGCAACCAGUGCCAAAGCAUCAGUUUUAAAAAGAAAAGUAGCACAGUGGGCCCGAGGCGUUGGACUGCAGGCCAGCUACAAUCUCAUGAAUAGCACUAACUCUGUUCCCUGGGGCUUCACACUGGCAAAUAAUCUGGUGUUCAAGAAGGUCCGUACGGCUCUUGGACUAGAGCGAUGCACCAAGUGCUACACUGGAGCAGCUCCUAUCACAAAGGACACAUUAGAGUUCUUCAUGAGUCUCUACAUCCCUGUUCUUGAGCUGUAUGGCAUGAGCGAGAAUACGGGGCCUCACACCAUCUCCCUUCCACAUGCAUUCAAGAUAAUGAGCUGUGGUAAGGUGGUACCAGGUUGCAAGACAUUAAUUCACAAGCCUGAUGAGGAAGGGAAUGGUGAAAUCUGCAUGUGGGGAAGGCACGUCUUCAUGGGCUACUUGAAUAUGGAGGACAAAACUAAGGAAGCCCUGGACAAAGAUGGAUGGCUUCACACGGGGGACCUGGGCAAACAUGAUAGUGAAGACUUCCUUUACAUCACUGGCAGAAUUAAGGAGCUGAUCAUUACAGCAGGAGGAGAGAAUAUCCCACCAGUCCCAAUUGAAGAUGCAGUAAAGGAACAAGUGCCAAUUAUCAGCAAUGCCAUGCUAAUUGGGGACAAAUGCAAGUUCCUUUCUAUGCUGCUGACCCUGAAGUGUAAUAUGGAUAGUGAAACAGGAGAACCCCUCGAUGAGCUCACUCCAGAAGCCAAACAGUUCUGCAGGCAAAUAGGAAGCAAUGCCACCAAAGUGUCAGAGAUAGUCAGCACUCAAGAUGAAGCUGUUUACAAAGCUAUCCAGACAGGAAUUGACAAAGUGAACAAAAAAGCCACAUCAAAUGCCCAGAAGGUUCAAAAAUGGACUAUACUUCAGAAAGACUUUUCCGUUGCUGGAGGUGAACUUGGUCCUACAAUGAAACUAAAGAGGCCUGUAGUCGUGAAAAUGUGCAAAGAAGAAAUUGCCAAGUUGUACUUGGAGUGACCUUAUAAAAUUAUUUUUGGAUGAAAAAAAAGAGAAAAGAAUAAAACAAAUUGAAAAGAAAAAGAUGCAAAACCAAAGAAUAAUUAACAAAGUUAAUAACAUUUCCUUGAUUUUUGAAAGGACCUUUAAUAUAAAUUGCACUGUAUAUAUUUAUGGAACUUGAAGUUAUAAUAUAUACAAAGUUUGGAAAAUAAUUGUAUAGACAUUUUUCAGCUUGUAUAUAAGCAUGUCAAGCACAGCUAGGCUGAAUAUGUACUUGUGUUAAUGUUUUGCAUAUAUGUGAAAAAUAAAGUAAUUGUUUAUGUUGUGUA